AUGAAUUUGUCUUCUCUGCCGCGGCGAUAUCAGCUCGCCGCCGGUCUCGUCUUCCUCCUCCUCCUCCUCCUCCUCUACACGCUUUCACGACUCCAACUCUCGUCAUUCCAAACUUUGCACUUUCCAGCUGGCGGGCAAGCUGUGCAUCAUGAGGCUGCGGCCGGCGCGAGCACUCAUGAGACCGUUUUCCAUCCCCUGGCUGCGCCGAAGCUGAGCAGCUCAAUGACAGCACCCUCCCCGGCCCCUGAAAUAACUGCCGCCACACCCGCUUCAGUUGCUGCACCUUCAGCUUCUGGAACAGCUUCCGCCAUACCCGCUGGUCAUGCCGCACCAGUUGAACCCCAGUGGUGCUACGAGCGGUUCCAGUUGGACUACCUCUACAGCCUUGCGGGUUCCUCGACCAAGUACUGCGCCGACAGUUCCAAGUCCAAUCUUACUUGCUUCCACAGCCAGACUGCGAAGGAUGGGCGCACCGACUCGUUCUGCGUUGGCGGCCCUUCAUCUUUCGACCCCAGACUCAAAAAGUUCAAGCUGGACUGCCAGCUGCGCGGGUGGGCCGCUGAAGGUCCUCCCCAUCACGUGCCCACCUUCGAAAAAUUUGCGCAGUAUCGAUACCAGACGGGGCCGAAAUAUAUCUUUGACAACUACAUUACGUGA